UGACUUAUAGUUAUCAAAAUUGGUAUUUUUUUUAUCCCCCCACAAAACUGUCCUUUGUACCAUUUAGAGCAUUGGUAAUAUAGCAUUUCUUGAAAGAAAUUUCUUGCAGAUCACUAAGACUUAAGUUUUGAUGUUUGUACUUUCCUAAUCUUACCAGAAGGUGUCAGAAAAGGUUUUCUAACACCAUGACUCCUAUUUCUUCCUCAAAUAGUCCUUUAAUGGUUUGCUGACUGAAAUAACCAAGAAUGGCAAGAACUUAUCAUGCCUACAUAUUUAAUUGCUGACAUGAUUAAAAGAUGCCUGAAUUAUGCAAUGCACUCUUGUUUUAGAAAAGUUUUCAUUAGAAUCAGUAAAAUAUGACAUGUAACCAAAAAGCUAAUUCUGCUCUCAGCGAAAAUAUUCACAAGUAGAAUGUCAUGCUCUUUACAUUUUAAUCCAUAAAUUUAAUGUGAUCCUUACCCCCCAAAAAUGCCAGCAGCCAAUUCCAAAACUUAUAUGACACAGCAAUUUUCAUCGUAAGAAUUAAUUUACAAUGUCAAAUAAUAUAUAUAUAUAAGGUUGAUUAGUGCAGCAUUUUUUAUAAAAGCAAAAAGUGGAAAACAAAGUAUCUUUUCUUACAAGACUUGAUAAAUAAAUUAUGGCACAUUCAUACAGUGGAAUAUUUUUACCCAUUAAAAAGAAAUAAGUGGCUUUAUUAACCAUCAAAUUGUAACAAGUCUUUAACUUGCUUUGGAAAUUGACAAAAGUCAAGUGCAGCGCAAUGUGUAUAAUCUACCAUUUGGAUAAAAAAAUAAGUGAACUAUAUAUAAUACAAUAUCUAUAAAUGACUCUCAGGGAAUAAGUAGGAAACUGUAAGAAUAGUUGGUUGCCUACUCAGAUAUAAACUGAGUGCUUAAGAUAGGAGGUAUGGCAGAGUCUUUAGGUAAAUAACCAACAACUAUUCAAUAACAACUAUUCAAUAUCUCUUGCUAACAGAAUCCUUUUUUUGUUAAGGGUUGAAGUAGGUUCCAAUCCAGGAGAUGUAGAAGGAUUGGUUUAAAGUUAUUCUUGAUAAUCCUGUUUUCAUUUUCCAGCUCCUUAUUUUUUUAGCUUUCUUGCAACCACCAGUAGCAAUGUGAAACUUAAUCACAUGAGAAAUAUAUCAUUGUCAUUUAUAGUGGCUGUCCAAGAAUAUAAUGAAAUGAAUCUUAUAAUUUUUGCUUGCUUAUUCCAACAUUUGUGAAUACAAGAACUAAUGAAUACUGAUUGAAUCCUCAGGAUUUUCUUGAAGCCUCUAAAUUCUAUGAUAAAUAAUUGGCCACUAUGACUAUAGAACAUAGAUAGUUAAAGUUCAUUCCAUUGCGAUAAGUUGAUAGGAGUUCAAACAGUUCUCUGAGAAAUUAACUGUAGAUCAAAUGGAAAUAUGUCUUCUAUAAUAACUUGUUAAAAUGAGAAGGAAUUAACUAUUUAGAAUCAUGGGAUAACCGCCUAGUGAGAAGUGAAUGCCUUGCCUUGAUACAUCCCAUUUCUAAUGGAGGACAAGAAGUUAUUUUCUCCAAUGGCUCACUUCCAGAAUUUCUGGCUGAACGUUCUUUGUCAAGUGUAUAUUCCCUUCUCUAGGCCUUUCUAUAUAGAGCCCACAAACAUCGUCAAUGUGAAUAAUGUCAUUCAGAGGGUUAGUGACCAGGCUUCUGCCAUGAACAAGAGGAUUCAUUACUACAGCCGACUCACUGCUCCUACAGACAAGGCACUGAUUGCCCCAGAUCAUGUAGUUCCAGCUCCAGAAGAGUGCUAUGUAUAUAGUCCAUUAGGUUCUGCCUAUAAACUUCAAAGUUACACUGAAGGCUAUGGUAAAAAUAGCAGUUUAGUAACCAUUUUUAUGAUUUGGAAUACCAUGAUGGGAACAUCUAUACUAAGUAUUCCUUGGGGCAUAAAACAGGCUGGAUUUACUACUGGAUUAUGUGUCAUCUUGCUGAUGGGCCUUUUAACACUUUAUUGCUGCUACAGAGUAGUGAAAUCACGUUCUAUGAUCUCAUCAGUGGAUACCAGUACCUGGGAGUAUCCAGAAGUCUGCAGACAUUAUUUUGGCUCCUUUGGACAAUGGUCAAGUCUCCUUUUCUCCUUGGUAUCUCUUAUUGGAGCAAUGGUAGUUUAUUGGGUCCUUAUGUCUAAUUUUCUUUUCAAUACUGGAAAGUUUAUUUUCAAUUUUAUUCAUCACAUUAAUGACACAGAUGCUAUACUAAGUACCAAUGAUAGCAACCCUGUGAUUUGCCCGAGUGCUGGGAGUGGUGGCCAUCCUGACAACAGCUCCAUGAUUUUCUAUGCCAAUGACACAGAACUCCAACAGUUUGAAAAGUGGUGGAAUAAGUCCAGGACUGUGCCCUUUUACCUUGUAGGACUCCUCCUCCCACUUCUCAAUUUCAAAUCACCUUCAUUUUUUUCAAAAUUUAAUAUCCUAGGCACAGUGUCUGUUGUCUAUUUGAUUUUCCUUGUUACCUUGAAGGCUAGUCGCUUGGGAUUUCAUUUGGAAUUUCACUGGUUUGUGCCAACAGAAUUUUUUGUACCAGAGAUAAGAUUUCAGUUUCCACAGCUGACUGGAGUGCUUACCCUUGCUUUCUUUAUUCAUAAUUGUAUUAUCACACUCUUGAAAAACAACAGGAACCAAGAAAACAAUGUGAGAGACUUAUCUAUUGCUUAUAUGCUGGUGACAUUAACUUAUCUCUAUAUUGGAGUCCUGGUUUUUGCUUCAUUUCCUUCACCACCAUUGUCCAAAGACUGCAUAGAACAGAAUUUUUUAGACAACUUCCCUAGCAGUGACAUCCUGUCCUUCAUUGCAAGGAUAUUCCUGCUGUUCCAGAUGAUGACUGUAUACCCACUCUUAGGCUACUUGGCUCGGGUCCAGCUAUUGGGCCAUGUCUUCGGUGACAUUUAUCCUAGCAUUUUCCAUGUGCUGAUUCUUAAUGUAUGUAUUGUGGGAGCUGGUGUGAUCAUGGCCUGUUUCUACCCAAACAUAGGAGGAAUCAUAAGGUAUUCAGGAGCAGCAUGCGGCCUGGCCUUUGUAUUCAUAUAUCCAUCUCUCAUCUAUAUAAUUUCUCUCCACCGAGAAGAGCGUCUGACAUGGCCUAAAUUAAUUUUUCAUGUUUUCAUAAUCAUUUUGGGCCUGGCUAACCUGAUUGUGCAGUUUUUCAUGUGAAAAUCUCAACUAUCUUUUCAAAGUCUUUCAUGGUGUUUUCAACUUGGACAACAGUUCCCCAUAAAUUCACUUGUAAAUGCUGUUGUUUCUGUAAUUCUAAAUGUUUUCCUAGGAUAAUUUUAAAUGAGGGAAAUAAUGGUCUAUUAGUAGGAAAUUUCUCAACCAAGAGUAGAAAAGGGCAGUAAGACUGGUCUUUGCCUCUGCCUUUUCAUACUCACCUGGUUCUUCACCCUGAUAGUCUUUUCUAAGUGUGUGCCCUUUUCUAAUGUGUGCCCUUAGGAAAACUCUUGCCAGGUUUUGCUUUGAGAGAUAGAUAGUGGGUAGGUCUAUUUUGACUACAGUGAAGAUUCUCAGGGUGUCACAGCAACUGUUGCCAGAUGCUCUUUCUGUUUUUUAUUUCAGGGUAUUAGUUUUAUUACUUGCUAGGCCAUUUCUGCCAUUUGCCCAAACCUUUACUGUUUGGGACAAUAAACCAAAUACCUCAUUUUUCAAAAGAAGUCUUCAUGACAUCACUAUUAAGAGUGAAGUAUUAACUAUGUCCUAAAUCUCUAUUUUAAAAAUAAGACAGUGUCAGUGCAGGCACUGUAGGCAUGCAAAUCACACAAAAUAAAUGAACUUGGAGAGUUUGUUGCUGU